AUGAAUUACCUAUUGGCGGUUUUAUGUAGUUGGGUUCUGCUCUAUUGUGUUGCAGUGGAUGGAAUGAUGUAUGAGGUUAUACUGAACAGCUUCGAGGCAAUGCCGCGAGAAAGGGAAGAUUUUGUGGACUACGGCACGAUUCGUUUGACGCGCAAGCAGAAAAACACCUUCAGCAUCGCUGGUUCCUUCACCGUAUUUCAAAAUGCGGGCACGGAGAUGCAGGCUCAUUGGACGAUAUACAAAAUCGAUUUCAUGGGCGCGAAGCACAAGUUCGUCGAUGGACAUGGAUCGCUAUGUCAGAUCAUUGCCAAGGACGCCACCAUAUAUCCGUCGCUGUUGGAAUCAUCGAAUCUCCCGCCGCAGGACUCCUGCCCAUUUCCAAAAGGAAACUACACGAUCUACAAUUACAUCGCGGACGAGGAGAAAUUUCCCCCAGCGUUGCCACUGAGCGAAUGGUUGAUGGAAGUGACUCUAAUGCUAGAUGGCCAACUGUGUGGUGGGUUUAGAGUCCGUUGUACCACCAAAGCAAAUCAAGCUUGA